AUGGCUCCGGAGGAUGCCGUCUUCGCAAUUUCCGCCCAGGCAACCCUGCUGGGAAACCGUAUCUCUGUGCGGAUGCUAGACUACCUAAGCACCGUUCAUGACAUCCCGGAUGGCUUUGGCGAUCUCUCCAAAGUCUUUCUCGAUACCUGUCGUUCCCUGUGGACCAUUGAAGCUGGCCUCAGCGAGUCGACCACGGCCAAGCGACCGCUUCCACGGAUUAUUGUACAAGAGGUGGAGAAGAAGUUCACCGAGGCAUACCGAGACUUUCAGCACCUGGACCGCGUUGUGACCAAGCUGAUCCAGUACGAGCACCGUGGGACAUUUGGAAAGUUACAAAAAGGAUGGAAUCGGCCGAGUAAUGAGUUGCACAGAAUCCGCGAGUCGCUCAAGAAGAUAAUGGAGGCGUUGCAGAUCAGUGUCCUGGCGUUCCAUUGGUCUCUCGGUGAUGCAAAGCCGGAGGAAUCGGUUGGAGUUGGAUACGCAGGACUUGCAGCAGCCCUCGAUCGGAUGGCGAAAGGCAGAUCAGUGACGGGAAUCAACAAGGCGAAGUCUCUCGAACAAGGUAUGGCUGGGAUGAAGCAGCCGUCCCAGGCUGUGAAUAUCGCGCCUGCGAGUCCUCCUCCGUCUAUCCCAGUCCCCCCUGUACCGCCGAAGCCAUCAUCUAGCCACGACGAUGUGGGCAAAGUCACUGGCGUGGGGAGCUCACAUAGAGCCCCCGUCGACUCAAUGCCGGAGACUCUGUCAUCGGUCUUAUCACUAGACUCUCUCUUGAUAUCCACAGACCAGGACUUGGAUUUAUCUCAUAUCCGGAGUCAUAACACAGCGAGCAAAGCCGAAGACUGUCAACGGCUCCAGAGCUCGUCAGCGUCAACACUCGCCCAAGAGGGGGAGACGGAUCAUACCCCUUUCUUGCCGGGUAUAUCAACCUACCGGAAGCGUGAGUUACCUAACAUGCCACGUCGAACGCCUAGCAAUACGAGUGCUGCAAGCGUGGGCCAUUUGCAGAGCGCUUUGGUAUCCGCGGUUCGGGCGAGAAACCAUCAGUUAAUGGAACAACUAUUGGAUAGUGGCGUAUCUCCGGAUAUGGGAGAGAAUACUCAUCCGCUUAAUGAAGCUAUCCUUCAUCGCGAUAUUGAGGGCAUGCGACUCCUCCUUGCCUUUGGAUCCAACCCGAAUGCGCCAGAUCGAGACGGAAAGACACCUCUCUUCUCGGCUGUGGAAGGAUCAUUCACGGAUGGCGCCACAAUAUUAUUGAAAUACCGCGCCGAUCCAAGCUUCAUGGCUCGGUCAGAGCUGGAAUCCCCUCUCGGAUUGUCUAUCCUGAGCCUGAAGACCGGUCUUGUCCACCUCAUCCUUGCGCAUGGGGGAGACCCCAACCACGAGAUGAGAAAUAGGAGCACGGUCCUUAUUGAAGCCAUCCGGAAGAGAGCCCCCCAGCGACUCGUCGAUCUGCUCCUGGAUGCCGGUGCAGAUCCGAAUUUGAAGAACAGAGAAGGAAAAUCGGCUUUAUUUGAAGCUGUGCAGGCCGACCAAGUGGCCAUUGUGACAACGCUGUUGGAUCGUGGUGCGAAUCCCAAUCUCCCUGGACCGGAGCAUGUACUCUGGUCAGCCAUCUAUCGAGCGGCAUGUCUACAGAUCCUGAUGGCUCGUGGUGCAGACGUGCGAAAGGCCCCUGGUAUUAUGGAACAGGCAACUAGCAUCAACAACAUCGAUUCUGUGCGGAUCCUCCUUCACGCGGGCGUUGAUCCCAACUCCAAAAAGGACGGAAUUUAUACGCCGCUGUGCUCCGCCAUUCGCGACAACCGCGGGGACAUCUUCGCCCUAUUGCUGGCCAACGGGGCCAAUCCCAACGUCAUGGCAUCAGAAUAUCCCGCCUGGAAGUGCGUGACUCACUUCCGGACGCAUCUCUUGCCCGACCUUGUCGACGCGGGUGCAGACCUCCACCAACCGCCCGGCAUCGUGGAGAUGGCGGUGCAGAUGAACAACGCGGAGGCCGUACAAUGGCUCUUGGAGCAUGGCGGUGCGAAUCCAAAUGACCGGAAUGCACAAGGACAUACCGCUCUCACGACCGCGAUUCGAGAUGACCGCCUCGAUUUGCUGACUUUCCUUCUGGCGCAUGGGGCGGACCCCAACCAGCGUGGCCAGGACUGGCCGGUUUGUAUGGCGGUCCGGUCCCCCACGAUCUUGCAGCAACUUCUCCCCGCCGUGACCGACCUGUCGGCGCAUAAGGGGGUCAUGGAGCUGGCCGUCAUUGCAAAUCAACUCGACAGUAUCAAGUUGUUGUUAGCUGCAGGGGCCAGCGUGGAGUACAAGAACGGCGGAGUGUUCUCGCCCCUGACGACCGCGUUGCGCGAGGGCCAUCAGGAUAUUGUGCGAUUCUUGCUCGAUGAGGCCGGAGCAGACCCUAACGCACCCGGUGAGCACCUUCCCAUCGUUAAAGCGGUGCGCCGAUGUAUGGAUGGGGACUUUACCAUGAUCGAAUUGCUUCUCGAGAAGGGCGCAGAUCCGAACAAGACCUACCGCGAUUGGAACGCGGUGAUGCAAGCCAUUGAGAACCGAGAUCUUAGGCUCCUUCGAGUUCUCAUCGAGAAAGGAGGUGGUGUGGAUGUGGGGAAGCGAGAUGAAACUGGCAAAACCGUGAUGGAAAUGGUGAAUGCCUCUGGCUGGAGCGAAGCGACGCAGCUCCUGCUUGACAAUGCGCGCUCAUGA